GUCGAGGAAGGUGAACUUUGACCCCGUUGAGCCAGAAACGAGAAUAGAAACUAAUAGAGAUCUAUAAGUUGGGAAAACAUAACCUGUCUCGCACCACAAACUCCAUGCCUUUUUACGUUUUGUGAGUGAAAAUGCACCCAUCUUCUUGUGACACAUUUGUGGCUCUGCCCCCUUCUACUGAAGGGCAACGCAUAAUCUUUGGGAAAAACUCUGACAGGCCUUGUGAUGAAGUCCAGGAGGUGGUAUAUUUUCCUGCCAGGGACUACAGCGAAGGAGAAAAGGUUGAGUGCACAUACAUAGAGAUUGAGCAGGUUGCCCACACUUAUGCAGUCGUGUUGAGCAGACCAGCCUGGCUGUGGGGAGCAGAAAUGGGUGCAAAUGAGCAUCAAGUCUGCAUUGGAAAUGAGGCAGUUUGGGGCAGAGAAAGUGCUGAUGAUGAGGAGGCUCUUCUCGGCAUGGAUCUUGUCAGGCUUGGACUGGAGAGAGCAGAUACAGCAGAGAAAGCUGUGGAUGUUAUUGCAGAGCUGCUUCAAAAAUAUGGCCAGGGUGGAUCAUGCAUGGAGGAUGAGUGUGGUUUUACUUACCACAACAGCUUCCUUAUCUCAGACAGGAAGGAGGCAUGGGUGCUGGAAACAUCUGCAAAGCACUGGGCAGCAGAGCGAGUAGAAGGUGGAUAUCGCAACAUAUCAAAUCAGUACAGUAUAACAACUAAGAUAGACAAGGAGCAUCCUGGGAUGAGGGAGUAUGCACGAAGCAAAGGCUGGUGGAAUGGAAAGUCUCAGUUCAACUUUACCACAGUCUACUCUCACAUGACUACAGCCAGAAUUGAAGCCUCUGGGAGUCGAUUCUGUGAAGGGAAGAUGUUAUUGGAAAAGAGCAAUGGUCGCAUUACUGCGGAGACAAUGAUGGAUAUACUCAGGGAUAAAGACAGCGGCAUCAAUAUGGAGGGUAUGUUCAUGACAACAGGAAGUAUGGUGUCUGUGAUUCCUGUCGAUGCUGCUCUACCAGCUGUUCACUACUUUACAGCGACUCCAGACCCUGAAAGGUCUGUAUUUAAACCCUUCAUCUUUGUAGCAAACAUUGGACAGUUGAAGGAAACCAGUUCUCCAAACUACGGUGCAGAUGAUCCUGUGAAAAAGAAACCCCGCUUCCAGAGCAAACCUGACCGAAAACACAACUUAUUUGUCAAACAUGAAGUUGUGUCCGCUGUCAUCGAAACCCACAAGGAGAGAGGAAAAAAGAUCACACAAAGUAUGAGGCAGGUAGAAAAGGAGAAAAUGACACAGAUGGAGAUGGUUCUUUCUGAAGGAGUUGAGGAUCCUGAUUUGUGGGUGGAUCUGUUCCCAAAGUCUGUUCAGGAGGAGAUGGACACAUACAGCAAAAACUGAGGAUUGAAACAUAUUGGAAACAUAAAAUAUGGCUUCAGUGUGACUGCAUUAUCUCUCACGCACCUCUUUAGAAAUAUAUCGACCGGUGUUGCGGUUGUGUAAUAGUUAGUUUGAAGUAAACAGACAAAUAGAGGAUUAACAAACAUAAAUAUGUAAACAAAUAAGCAGGACACUCACAAAUGCUUAAUUCUAUCAUACUUUCACACAGCAGAUAUUUUUGCUUGUCAUAGUUGGUAAAACAGUUAUAACAGAUAUGAUUACUUCCUUCUAUUUUAGUUUACCAGGUUGUAAUUUACCAGGUAAUGACAGUUCAGCUGUAAGUCAUCAUGAAAAAGUCUAUGACCCUGAAACUGAAGCAGCUUAAUGGAAUUCAGGCAUCAUUAAUUUUAUGAUUUCCACUGUUUCCUACUGUGAUAUGUCAAAAUGUCUUCCAUAAAAAAAUGAUGUGAAUCAUAAUUUGUGGGUUCCAUAAUAAAAUUUAUUUAAAAACAAAACACAGCCAUAAAUAAGAAGCCUUUAACAGAAAUUACGUGAUACAGUUGCUCCUCCAGUGUUUUCUCAACAUUGACAGCUUAAAAGAAUAAACAUCUUUGCACUUUAAAGGCCACAAAUUGCCUUAAUUUCCCUUAUGUUAUUUCAUACCUGGAAAAAAAAGGAUUUUAUAUGUUCAUGUUUAGGAGGGGAAUAAAAUCAAAGUCGAGGUCAAAUAUUUUCAAGUAAAACUAAGUAUUAACAUUCCCUGAGGUUAUUCUAGAGCAUGUAUCACCACUUUGAUUUUUACUUUUUUAACUGGAAUUUUUGGUUUAACAGCAACAUCAUCACAAUUGAAAAAUCAAUACAAAAUGAUUUUUAUUUUUCUGUUGAAAUGGUGGAUCAGAACCAUCUGGUAACGGAUAAACACAAAAUAACUUAGAAAUGGCUAAGAAUCUUGUAAACCUAACUUAAUCAACAAGUUAAAAAAAAAAAAUUAACCAUAUCUUCCCUUCUUUUCCUUUGGUGGGAAAGCAAUAAGCCACUUUAAGGGUUCCAGUAAAGCAGUGUCAGUCAUACAAUGGCACAACAAAAGACCAGAAAAGUGCACGU